AUGCAAGAAGCUCCUUCUGCUGGUACUAUCGGGUCCACUGCACCAAUGAGCUUGCCUAGACCCAUGGAUGAUCCAUUUCCUAGUCUGAAUCAGACUAUCGGUGCAGAUGUCGAUGUGGCACCGCCGCCCAAAAAAUCAGGCAAAUCACAGCAGCCAGACAUAACCUCAGAGGACAUGUUUCCCUCGCUGGGUGCAUCGCAGAGCAGCGCUCGUGUUUCGGCACCUAAAACGGCUGCACCCAUGAUUCAACGCGUGAUGCAUCAGACGACUGUCUCCAUGCACCUGUCAGAUGAGCAGCUCGUGCGCCUCAGCUCGCUCCUUCAGCGCGUGCAGCAAAAGUGCCGCUCGGUCAAGAUUGAAGCAUCUACGAUGCGCAAGACCGGACAGACAAAAUUCAUCAUCAAGGGCGCGUCCGAGUCUGCCGUGCAGGAGGCGAAACGCGAGCUCGCUAUUCAACUGGCCGAGCGCGUCACACUCACGAUGCUGAUUCCGGCUUCCCUUCGUGCGUUUGUCAUCGGUGCAGGCGGCAAGAACAUCCGGUCUAUUACAGAUGACACGGGUGUGCGCAUUCAUAUUCCACCUCGCUCUGAGGAGCAAACGCCAGCCACCGAUGAGCCGGGCGAUCUUUUGCUGGGCGAGCAAAUCGAAAUCACGAUCGAGGGCGACUCAUUUAAUGCGCAGGAUGCACAGGCGCGGAUCCAGGAGAUCGUCGCGGAGCGCACCUCUAAGAUCACACAACGCCUGACGCACAUUGAGCCCGUCUUUUUCCCCUUUUUGCUUGGUCCUGAGGGUGCAGGUAUAGCAGCGCUUACGCAGACGAUCGGCAAAGGCGAGGUGUCUGUCAAAGUGCCGGCGCAGCGUGAGCGUGCGGCUAUUGUCGUGAGUGGUGAGCGAUCGCUCGUACCUCUUGUUGUCCAGGCGAUCGAUGCUCAGGUCGAUGACAUGCGUCGCUCGUUCCGUACCAUUAGCUUCAACAUCUCCAAGCGGCAGCAUGCGUUCCUUGUGGGUGAGAGUGCUUCCGACAUUCUCGCCAAGACGCAGUGCAGCAUUGAGCUACCGCCAUCGAACGAGCCCUCGGAGGCUAUUACGAUCCGCGGUCCGCAAUCGCAACUGCCGCAGGCCCUUACUGCUGCCAUCGAACGGGCUAAUGCAGUUGCUGUGGAGACGAUUGAUCUGCAUGCUAUGCACUCGGAUGCGGACGCUGCACACUUCCGACACCUGUUACGCUGGCUUGCUACGUACGCCCCUCGCGAAGACAGUGUCCAAGUGUUCUUGCCGCGUACCGAUGCUGGGCAUAUCGAGGUCGUGAGCGAGGAUGCCGAUGCGGCGCGGCGCAUUGCUCAGACCAUCGAGCACCAGCUGCGUCUGGUGACGCCGCCAUGUGUGCGUCUCAUGGAAGUGGAUCCUUUGACGCACGGCUUUAUUAUUGGCAAAAAGGCCCAGAACCUCAGAGGGUAUGAGGCACGGGGCGUCGAUGUUAUGCUGCCGCCAGAGCACUCGGGCCGAGACGACGUUCUUCUCGUAUACCGCCGCGGCAAGGAUGCGGAGGAGGCAGUCAAUGUGCUGGACGAUGUGCAGAAUGCAAUUGCCUCGGCAGCGGCGGCCGCUGCUGAUCUUCGAACCGUGCACUUUAGUGUCCCGCGCAAAUUCCACAGUGUGAUCCGCGGUGCAGACGGCACGGUGCUCAACGCCCUUAUCGGCGAGGACCGUAUGCUUGUGUCGAUGGGUGGACGCAUUCCCGUGAAGACUGUCAGCGAGCCCCUCACUGAAGACUCGAUCGUCGUGCGUGGGCCAGGUGAGGCUGUCGCGCGUGUCGUGGCCCAAAUCCAGCAAAUGGCUCGGGAUGCCGAGCAGGACAGUAUCGAGAAUGGGUUUGUGGAAGAAAUCCAGGUCAGGGGUUCGUACCUCCCUCACCUCAUUGGCCGUGGUGGAUCCAAUCUCAUUAAGCUUCGCGAAGAGCUUGGCGUUCGUUUUGACGUUGGCUCGGAGGAGAGUGACCGGUCUAAGCCGGUGCCUGUUCGCAUCACUGGACGCAAGGAAUGCGUCGCUGUUGCCAAGGAGCGUCUGCUAGCACAGGUCGAGCGUUUGGCAGACGAGGUCCUGCAAAUCAUUCAAGUGCCUGUCGAGAUGCAUGGUGCCUUGAUUGGCCAGGGGGGCAAGUACGUCUUGCGAUUGCAGGACAAGUACGAUGUGCGCAUCCAUUUCCCGCAUCAGGGCGACAGCACGACGCUCAAGCCCAACGAAGUGAGUAUUCGCGGUGGACGUAAGGGCGUCGCAGCAGCGCGUGCGGAACUCUUGGAGCUGCUCGAGUACGAGAAGGAGAACAACCACUCGCAGACCAUUACUGUCUCUGAGCGUGCUAUGCCGCGCGUGCUGGGCCGGGCAGGCGCGACGAUCAACCGUAUCCGUCUCGAGUCAGGUGCGCUCAUUGAUUCAGUCAAGAGCUCGAACGCGUCGCCCAGCAAGAAGCUCAAGCUGCGCGGCUCGCGCGAGGCUGUGGCCGCUGCUGAAGGUAUGAUCAACGCUAUCAUUGCCGAGGUCGAGAGCGAGGCGGAGCUCAUUGUGCCCAUCCCGCCCGAGUUUCACCCACACAUGAUCGGUGCGGGUGGUCAGCGACUCCAUGAGCUCAUUGAGAAGGCAGGGGGUCCAUCAGACAUUACUACGCAUACUCAGAUGGUACGCUUCCCGCGCGAGAAGGGCAAUGCGAACGUGCUUGUGCGCGCGCCGCAUGACUUGGCCCACCGGAUCGCCGACGUGCUCAAGGCCGAAGCGGCGCUGAUGGCAAAUCGUGUCGUGUACGGAAAGAAGGUGCCAUUGCGCAUGCACAGCCAGAUGGUGAUGCGCGGAGGCCGCAGGCACAGUCCAUGGCAAACGGAUCUUUCCGUGCAGAUUUUCCUGCCCAACUGGCGCGAGUACCCCACGAUCGGUACCCCUGAGAACGCUGAUGAACUGCAGGACGCGGAGCCCGCCUCGAUCGUCAAGGUCGUGGGUCCCGUGGAAAAUGUCCUCCAGGUUCUGGACGAGAUGCAGUCUAUGAUAGAUGCAUCACCGAGACCACGAAAAACCCGCGCACAGCGGGAGGCCAUGGACGCCCGCAUCGACGACGUCGACCGCUGA